AUGUCAAGCAAGCCGCCGCCACGCCUUCCCAGCAACUAUUACUGGGCGAUGAACUGCCUGCACCCUGACCACCGCCAUUAUAUUUGGCGUCGUAAUGUUCUGGGCAUGCAGAUGAUAAGACGUCGACUGUGGCCGGGGAGCCUUGCUACGGUCCUCUGGCUCCGCAGGGUCUCCAUCCGCACCACAUGCAAACAAGAGCCAUCGUGGGGAAUCUCAUCCGCUUUGGCCCAGAGUAUGGAGGAUCCUGGGCUUAACUUCGUGUUCUUGCUUGCGCUGCCACCAUGCUUCGGGCGGGAGGACGGCCAGGAGGCCCACACCUAA